AUGUCCUGGGAUUACUUCCAGCCAAGCCCAGCCAAGCAAUUCAUCACCCUCAUCAAGUACCGAGUCACCAGCGACCGAAUCAGCUCUCUGUUUCACGAACUCAAGCCCAUCCAACCAGACGACUUGAUCGGCGAGUGGGAUGGCUAUAUCCUUGCCACGGACCAUCCAUUUGAAGACGAACUUGAGGCUCUAGAAUGGGCCGAGAAUACGUUUAAUGCGACGGAAGAUGUAGCUCCGCUGAUUGUUGCACGGACCGGGGAGCGGUUAUGUGAGAUCAGAUAUCACGGGGCUGUCUCUGCGGCUCUGGUAUAA